AUGGAGAACGUCGUUUCAAAGGAACUAGAUUACACGCCACUGCUCGUCGCAGAACCAGAGUUCAUAUUCACUCUCCCUGCUGUGGCAAACAAGCAGGCAAUGAUGUUUUCUGACUUUUGUCCAUUCUUCAGACAGAUCCAGGUGUACACAAGAGGUGGCUUGGAUCUCAUGAAUCAUACCAACUUCCAUCUCCAUGCCAAGAUGGUGACGAUGAGGAAUAAGCCAUUGGUCGAGACAGAGAACACAUUCGCCUCUUAUAGAAUGACUGAUGAUCAAUACAUGAUUCCAUGUCUUUCGUCUAAACUACCAAGCUCAUACGCUGCUGGAAUGGUUUACAACCCCAACUACACUGGCCAGGAAGCUGCUGUCCCUUACAUUGAACCAAGGUAUUUACUAGCAGCGGCACAAGGAGAGACAAAUAUUGUUGUGACCAUCCCCUUCAAUGAACUCUAUGAAUCUAUUCUCUGCGUAGACAAGGACAUCAUGUUGAACGAGACAUUACUUGUACGAUUCGUGUGGUCAGAACUCGCUAACAUUGCUUUCGCAGCAGAUCCAGCAGCAGCACUUCCUGAGAACUCACCAGCAAUCCAGCCACCUCCAUCUCCAGAUCCAACAACCAACCCCGUUGCACUACCGGCACCAGCUGCGUUCAAUGUCACAAAUAUGGCAAUCUAUCUGGCAGUGGAGAAGAACCUCGCGAUUGUCAAUGAGCUCCAGACCAAGAUAUUCAGCCCAGAGGGAUUCUCGUUGAUGAUACCAUACUCGUAUUCUUACCAAGCAGCACUCACUGGACAGAAUCAAUCGGUCACUCUAAGAGUCAAUAGACAGAACGACUCAUCGCUAUUGACACCGAGAAUUCAUAAUAGGAACUGGUGUUGGAUUGAGGAGUUUGGUGAUGGCACCUCAAACUUUAACAAGGACAAUGCAAUUACUGGCAUUGAUCUCAAUCUAGGUGAACAGAAAUGGGAUUUCGUUGGAUUCCUCAGUGGUGCCGCCAACUUGACUCAUCAAUCAACUGUGGUUUGCAAGCGCAAGUUGGUCAUCACUCCAAAUGGACUGGUGCUGGUGUAA